CCCCUUGUCGGCCCCCACUAUUGCGGGAAGAAGCAAAAGUACUGGCGCUAGUGCGCCCCAUGGCCGCCGUUUUGAUUGCAUACCGCCAUUGCUACACGUGUGUUUGGUGAAAAAAAGUGUUCACAAUGGCAGAAAUAGAGAAGAAGAAGAAGAAGAGCAAGAAGUCUCUGGGGGAGGCACAGAUAGCUAUGGACUGCAAGAUGGAACCUUCUGAUGUUGCUGAUAUCAAGCUUGAGUGCAAGGAUUGGCCUCUCCUUUUCAAGAAUUUCGAUAAACUCCUCACGAGGACCAAGCACUUCACCCCCUUAACGAGUGGCUCAACUCCACUUCACAGACCAAUCGCAGAGUAUGUGAAGAGCGGCUGCAUCAACCUGGACAAACCCUCGAAUCCAUCUUCCCACGAGGUAGUAGCUUGGAUCAAGAGAAUUCUCAGAGUCGAGAAAACUGGGCACUCUGGUACUCUCGAUCCUAAAGUGUCCGGCUGUCUCAUCGUGUGUAUUGAUAAAGCUACAAGACUAGCAAAGUCUCAGCAGUCUGCUGGAAAGGAGUAUAUCGCUGUUUUCAAACUGCAUCAGGCUGUUGAAGACACCAAAAAGAUACAUCAAGCGCUGGAGAGAUUACGUGGUGCGCUGUUUCAAAGGCCUCCGCUGAUAUCCGCUGUUAAGCGACAAUUGCGUGUGAGGACGGUUUACGACAGCUGGUUUCUUGAUUACGACAAUGAACGGAACAUGGGAAUAUUUAAAGUUAAAUGUGAGGCUGGCUCCUACAUCAGAACGAUAUGCGUUCACUUAGGUCUAUUCCUCGGUACCGGAUGUCAAAUGCAAGAGCUGAGGCGAAAUAGAUCUGGGGUGCAGGAUGAGGAGGACAAUAUGGUGACGAUGCACGAUAUAUUAGAUGCUCAGUGGCUUUACGAUAAUCACGGGGAUGAGUCAUACUUGAGAAGAGUCAUCAAACCCUUGGAGGCCCUACUGGUCAAUCACAAACGAAUUAUCGUUAAAGACAGUGCUGUCAAUGCUAUAUGUUAUGGAGCCAAAAUCAUGUUGCCUGGAGUACUGAUGUAUGACGAUGGAAUUGAGUUGAAUAAAGAGAUCGUUAUUGUGACGACUAAAGGAGAAGCCGUUGCCUUGGCAAUUGCCAUGAUGACCUCACCAACAAUGGCUGCAUGUGAUCACGGCGUUUGUGCAAAAAUAAAGCGAGUCAUUAUGGAGAGAGAUGCCUACCCCAGGAAAUGGGGUCUUGGUCCAAAGGCGUCAGAGAAGAAAAAAAUGAUUUUGGAUGGUAAACUAGAUAAACACGGCAAACCCAAUGAGAACACACCCUCUGACUGGUUGACAAAUUAUCAAGAUUACGCGGAAAUCAAGAAAGAAGAAAAUGGCAUUGCUGGUAAAAAACGAACCCACGACGAGUCAGAAGCCCCGAGCACCUUCAGUGGUGCAGUCUCUCCUAAAAAGGAAGCCGAGAAGAUGGACGUUGACGUGAUGUCUCCGAAGGACAAGAAAAAGGAGAAGAAAGAGAAGAAGAAAAAGAAGGAGAAGGAGAGAGAGCAAGCUGAUGAGACCCUUCCAACUGAAGCUGAAGAGUCUGAGACACCUAAAAAGGAGAAGAAAAAGAAGAAGAAGAAGAGCAAGGAGGCACCAGACUCCUCAUAAUCGUCUCUCCCGUUUAAUUUUCUAUUUUUAAUGACAGGACCAAGACGUGCGAAAAAAUAAAGAUGAAGAAUUGUGUGAAAGUGCAGAUACUCAGGAAAUAUGAGUGAAUGAUGUACAUAAAGAUGACUGAUGUCUUGGUAUACUUUUCCAUUAAAUCAUGUACGAGAAUACUCUCGUAUCAACAAUAUAGCCAUUUUGCCUCAUUGUUUCAUCCUCCAAUGAUUUCAUUUUUUUAAUUCAUAGAUUUACAGAUGUAGGGUAAAAUUGAAAGAGAAUGUAUUCUGUGAGGCAAUUAUUUUGAAUAAAAAGAAAAUACCCGCCAA